CAAGUGGUGUUGGAUAUUGCGCGUUUAAGUUUUUUUUAAAUAAACUUAAUAAAUAGUAACAAAUCAUGGAUAGAUUUGUUAUACGAAAAAGACCUGCACCUCCAGGAGAGGAGCAUGAAACCAGCAGUGACAGUGGCCGCAGUGAAACACAUCCCGUAAAACAAACUUGGAGAAAAUUCCGAAAUGACUGGCUAUCGAGAUUUUCUUGGUUGCGGAAUAAAGAUGGAUGUAGCUAUUGCAUAGCUUGUGAUAAGAAGCUGUCAAACCAUUUAUCAUUUAUAAAAAAACAUAAUGUUUUCCCAAUCCACAAACAAAACGAACAGAAAAAAAACAUCAAAUCCAAAUGGACAAGUUUUUGGAUGAAGAACAUCAACAAAUGUCUAAGCAAGUACAUCAUGCGCAGUUAUAGCUAUUGAGGAGAUGUGGUGAUCUCUUUGAUUGUUGAUGAAUUUUUGAACUUUGCUAAAAUUCGUAUGUCCUUCAAGCUCAUUUAACGAUUGUUAAUAACUAAAUUUAUUUCAUUCAAAGAAACAAGAAGUUAUUUUAUGACCAAUAUUUUGUCAUUAAUGUUAAG